GGUCCUUCGCCAUUCUGGCUCAAGCAAUCUGGGUCCGAGGCCAACUCCAGGUCCAAUAGUCUUGCUAAGCAAUCUCCUGCCCUUGCGGCAGUGGCACGCGGCACACAUGUCGAAGAAGACCGCUGUUGGCAUCGAUCUGGGUACCACCUACUCCUGCGUCGGGGUGUGGAAGAACGACGGCGUCGAGAUCAUCGCCAACGAUCAAGGCAAUCGCACGACGCCGUCCUACGUCGCCUUCACAGACAGCGAGCGCCUGAUCGGGGACGCGGCCAAGAACCAGGUGGCCCGCAACCCAGAGAACACGGUCUUCGAUGCGAAGCGGUUGAUCGGUCGCAAGUUCGCGGACCCGAUCGUGCAGGCAGACAUCAAGUUGUGGCCUUUCAAGGUCGAGGCAGGGACGGGCGACAAGCCGAUGAUUGUUGUGACUGCACAGGGCGAGGAGAAGAAGUUUCACCCAGAGGAGGUAUCCUCGAUGAUCCUGCUCAAGAUGAAAGAGACCGCCGAGGCCUACUUGGGGUCCAAGUGCAACGAUGCUGUCGUGACCGUCCCGGCUUAUUUCAACGACUCGCAGCGCCAGGCUACCAAGGAUGCCGGGACGAUCUCGGGCAUGAACGUCCUUCGAAUUAUCAACGAGCCCACCGCGGCGGCGAUCGCGUACGGCCUCGACAAGAAGGGCAGCGGCGAGAAGAACAUCUUGAUUUACGACAUGGGUGGGGGCACCUUCGACGUCUCCCUGCUGACAAUCGAGGACGGCAUCUUCGAGGUGAAGGCCACCGCCGGGGACACACACCUGGGGGGCGAGGACUUCGACAACCGUAUCGUGGACUUCUGCAUGCAGGACUUCAAACGCAAGAACAGGGGCAAGGCCCUCGACGGCAACCAGCGUGCCAUCCGCCGCCUGCGGACGCAGUGCGAGCGCGCCAAGAGGACCCUCUCCUCCUCCACGCAGGCCACGAUCGAGAUUGACUCGCUCUUCGAGGGAAUCGAUUUCUCCUGCUCGCUGUCGCGCGCCCGAUUCGAGGAGCUCAACAUGGAUUACUUCCGAAAUUCCAUGGGCCCCGUUGAGAAAUGCUUGCGCGACAGCGGCAUCGAUAAGAAGAAUGUGCACGAGGUCGUUCUGGUGGGUGGUUCCACGCGCAUCCCGAAGGUGCAGGCCAUGAUCCAGGAGUUCUUCAACGGCAAAGAACCCAACAGGUCCAUCAACCCGGAUGAGGCCGUGGCCUUCGGCGCGGCAGUGCAGGCCGCCAUCCUCACUGGCGAAGGCUCCUCGCAGGUUCAGGAUCUAUUGCUGCUCGACGUGACACCACUUUCGAUGGGCCUGGAAACCGCCGGCGGGGUGAUGACCAAGCUCAUCGAGCGGAACACCACGAUCCCAACCAAGAAGGGCCAAACGUUCACCACCUAUGCCGAUAAUCAGCCAGGAGUGCUCAUCCAGGUGUUCGAGGGUGAGCGCGCGAUGACCAAGGACAACAACUUGUUGGGCAAGUUCCACCUCGAUGGCAUCCCGCCCGCCCCGCGCGGCGUGCCGCAGAUCGAGGUGACGUUCGACAUCGACGCUAACGGCAUCUUGAACGUGGGCGCACAGGACAAGUCAACUGGCAAGUCGAAUCAGAUAACCAUCACCAACGAGAAGGGGCGGCUGUCCCAGGCGGAGAUCGACAGGAUGGUGCAGGAGGCAGAAAAGUAUCGCGCUGAGGACGAGACGACCAAGCAAAAGAUCGAAGCGAAGAACGGACUCGAGAACUAUUGCUUCACCAUGCGCAACACCCUGCAGGAGGAGAAGCUCAAGGAGAAGUUCGAGGAUGGAGACAAGGAGAAGAUCGAGAAGGCGGUGCAGGAUGCCCUCGACUGGCUGGACAAAAACCAGCUGGCCGAGAAGGAUGAGUUCGAGGGUAAGCAAAAGGAGCUGGAGGGCAUCGUCAACCCCAUCAUGAUGAAGGUGUACCAGGCCGCCGGCGGCGGCGAGAUGCCAGACGGUGGCAUGCCAGGCGGCGGCGGGAACGCCGCCGGCGGCGGCGCAGGGCCCACCGUGGAGGAGGUGGACUAGCCCAAUCGCUUGACGCUCCCUCACGACGCAGGGAGAGCGGGUGCGUCUGAGGCUUGCCAGGGAGGAUUUCCACUUAGGGUCAGGUCGGGCUUGUCCCUCUACAGGGGGG